CACGGCCGCUCUCUUCCUUCGGCUCGGCUUCCGCUUGGCCCCACCCCAACCCGACCAGGCGACCAGCAACCACCCAUGGCGGCACUGGGGACCGCGACCAACCCCGCCGCCGCAGCAUCUGUGGCGUCGCUUGGCUACCACCGGCUCUGGCUUCACGGCGUCUCUGUGCGCCGGGCCCUGGCCAGGAGGAUCCUGCGCGCCAGCGCCUCCCCCGCCGCCGUCACCGCCGGCGCUCCCGCGGAACCUCUGGUGGAGGCGGUGCCGGAGACGAAGCUGAGCAAGCUGGCGUGUCCAAUCUGCUACUACCCCUUCGCGAGCGCGAGCGAUCAGUCUACUGUUGCUUCCAGUCUCGAGUGUUCGACCUGCAAGAAAAUUUACCCCAAUAAGCAGGAUUACUGGGAUCUUACAGUGGCAGUUGGUUCGACCGAGUACUCAGAGUCCAUGCCAGCAGCAACUGAGUUUUUCAGGACUCCGCUGAUAUCAUUUCUUUAUGAGAGAGGGUGGCGCCAAAAUUUCAUAUGGGGUGGUUUCCCAGGCCUAGAGAGAGAGUUUGAAAUGGCUAAAACAUAUUUGAAGCCGACAAUUGGAGGGACUAUUGUUGACGCAAGUUGUGGAAGCGGCCUAUUUUCAAGAUUAUUUGUUAGGAGUGAACUAUAUUCUCUUGUUGUGGCUCUAGAUUUCUCAGAGAAUAUGUUGAAGCAGUGCAAUGAUUUCGUCAAGCAGGAAAACAUUUCAACUGAGAGAUUAACAUUGGUGAGGGCUGAUAUAUCCAGACUCCCUUUUGAGAGUGGUUCAAUUGAUGCUGUGCAUGCAGGUGCUGCAAUUCAUUGUUGGCCAUCGCCAGCUUGUGCUGUUGCAGAAAUUAGUAGAGUCCUUCGCCCCGGGGGAAUUUUUGUUGCUUCUACAUUUGUAGCAGAUGUUCUUCCACCGGCUAUCCCAAUAUUAAGGAUCGGACGUACAUUAGUCAAAUCACUGGCAAUAAUACCUUCUUAUCAGAAGUGGAGCUCGAAGAUCUUUGCAGAGCAUGUGGGUUGGUUGAUUUCACAUUUGUCAGAAGUGGAUUCUAUAUAAUGUUCUCUGCUACUAAAGUAAGUUAAUUAAAUGACCAGAGCCUCCCAGAAGCUUAUUGUGAAACUCCUUACUUUUCCUCUCUAUGUGGUUUUUUGGUGCUGUUGCUAAUUAGCGCUGAUACUUUUGCUCAAGGGGCUUGUGGUGUGAAUAGCGAAUGCACAUGUUUUACUUGACUGAUCCCAUUAUGAGAUUGAUUGUAUCAAUUCUUUGUGUAUAACAUCAGAGGUCUUGCAAUUCUGCAACUUCAACUAUUGUGUGUUGUUAUUGGAAUCGGUUCUUGUGAUCCAAGAGCUACUAGCUCCAAUUCUUGGAAUCUUUUGAAAUAUAGGCUAGAUUGCCGUGUCUGCAGACCAUAAAACAGUUCCAUUUUGUUAUCGAUCAAAAGUAAACGGUGUAUAUCAUGGUUACAACUUUAA